CACUGCCACUUGUGCUGCAGAUCCAAGCCCUGAGCUGGAAAUUUGGCACUGGCACACAGGAAUGACAGCCAUUCCUGCUGUUUGCCUGUUGGAGAUGUGAAAAUGAGUGAAAGAGCAGGAGAGAUGGAGGCAGACUGAGAGAUGACAAGGAACAGAAGGUGAGGAAGGAGCGUCGUGCUGCUGGCUGGCUCAUUAUCUUCACAGCUAAGGAAACUUGGGAGAUACAAUUAAUUCCACCUCUAAUGAAGCUGGUUUUGAUCUUCCAGAACACCAGAACUUCUCCACAGGGAGCUGACUAACAUAAAUCCCAUCAGCUGACCCAGGAGCAAGGAGCAAAUCUGAAAAUGUCUCAGCCAACAUCCCUGACUCUUGGAGUCCCACCAUCCUUCUGGACCCAGAGCCCAGGGAGCACCAGCUCCCAGGAGCACUUCCAAGGAAGGGUGACUGUGCUGGCAAGCAGGGAGCUGCUUCAAACUGAGGAACUUGCUUGCUCCACUGCAAAAACAACAGGUCAAGCUUAAGGUGAAAUUCUUGGCCCCCUGCUUCUGUUUCUGAUGAUUUUUUAUAGGAAAAAAGCUUCACUCUGCUUUGGAUCCCUCCUCUCCCAUGUCCCUCACUCGCUGGCCACCGCCUGCCCAAAGCAGCAGUUGUGCUUUCAUUUGCCAUCUGGGAUGUGCAAGCAGUUAAAAGACCCUUUAGCAAAGCAACAGGAUUUUACUUUCUUUCUUACUGCGAUAUCAAAGACCUCAUGUGACUCUGUAGAUGACUUUACACAUUUCUAGACCAGGAAGGAAGUGGAGCUGAGCUGCUCGCUCUGCCCCGGGGAGGCUGCUGCAAAUCCGACCUCACCAGCUCAGAGGCUGAGGGAUCAGAAGAUGACCACCCAAACGACCACCCAGCCCCCCAGGUGUUGCUGUUUCAACAUCAAGACAGCAACAGUCUCUCUAGGGAUCUUCCACAUGGUUAUGAGUGUUUUGCUGCUGAUCGAGUACUCCCUGGAGGUGACAAGUGGGAAAGGCUUUUGCAAAGCUCUGGACAAGGAUUACUACAGGAUUGCUGAUGUCAUCACCAGUUUCCUGUUGAUCAUCAUGCUGUUUGUCAUCAGCUUCAACCUCCUCCUUGGUGUGGUGAAGAAGAGGGAACGUCUCCUGAUCCCAUUCCUUGCUCUUCAAGUCAUGGACUUUCUCCUCAGCCUCCUAACAAUUUUCAGUUCCUACAUAAAAGCCCCCGUGAUCAUGUCUGUGUCCUCCCUUAGACACAUGCAGGGGCGCUCAAAGAUCCCUUUCCUGGCUCUGCAGCUGCUGGACUUCUGCCUGAGUAUUCUCACCCUCUGCAGUUCCUACAUGGAGGUCCCCACCUACUUCAGCCUCAAGUCUUCAGACAACGGGGGCUUUUUGCCAACCCUGGAGAAGUUACCAACAGAGGAAUAUGCCAAAGUGAUGGUCACCUUCACUAUUGCAUUCAUUGCUGUCCUCUUCCUGAAGGCCUGUAUGUUCAAAUGUGUCCUGAGCUGCUUUAAGUAUAUUAAAGCCAGCAAGAGGCAGGAGGUGAAAGCUGACCCACAAGCAGCUGAAACGGCUAUGCUGCCAUCAUAUGAGGAAGCCUUAGAGCUGCCUUCCAAGGAUUCCCCACCGCCCUAUGUAGCAAUCUAAGCUCCACUCAUGGAGAGAAGACAACUGCAAUGCUGUUGGUGCCUCUUCCCCCCUUCUGUCAGACAGUCAGCCUCCCUGAGAAAUCCUUUCCUUACAGCAGAAUCAUGCUUAUUACACCCCAGCUCACUUUCUGAGCCUACAAAGAGUAAAGGUGAACCGCUGGAGUUGGUGCCUCGUUCUAGGCUGGUGGUUUUGACUUGGCACUGCCAAGCAGCAGGGCUGAUGUUGAGCAACUUGGCACCAGCCACCACAGAGGUUCCCACCACUGGCCUCUGGCUAAUGAGAAGUGUAGGCACUGGCCUGACCCCCUUGUCAGGUUUGCUUUAUGCCAGCAAGAUGCUAUUUCUCAUCUGUCUCACAUCUAACUCAGCAGCUGAGACAUUUAGGAAGUAGAACUGGGGGAGUGGGAGGGAAAUGGGCAGGAACCUUUUUGCUGAGGCAGUCCAACCCUGAAGCUAUGCUAACCAGCACCAUUUAGUCAGGACCCUCUGGGAAAGGGAUCAGCAAAAGAAUGAAGAUUUCAAAGGAGCUACGAUGCAGAUCUCCUCCUGUCUGCUGGAGAUGAUGAUGAAUAGUGUGCACUUCAGAAUCUGCCACGUGCUGGAAUUGUCACAGUGUUCCUCUGCUGAUUUAUACCCGAGUGUUUGCAUUUUUAUUUUAUUUGUUGUUGGUUUGCUUUUAAUGUGACUUGAAAGAGGAGUUUCCAUUAAAAAGAAAACCCUGUUAAUGGCUUCAA